AUGGACACGUACUCGAAAGAUGAGUCGCUGCCUCAAAUAUACGCCACCUGCCUCUCGAGGGGUCUGAAACUCUACAUAUGUCUUGUUCCAAGCCAUAUCAGCAGAGGAGAUGGCCAUCCCUAUUUGACACGUUUGUCUUCCUUUCUGCGUGAAAACCAGGAUCUCGGCUCGAGCGCACCUCGUCUCGUCUCAGACACAGACCACACGCCCAGCCAGCCAAUAGCUCGUUCUUGA